AUGGGCCAGACUUACCAGCAGUCACUAACCUGCCUACCCUGCACCUCCCAACUCGCCUACCCUGCACCGCGCCUCCCGCCUACCAACCCACACCCACACCAGGGAGCCACCCAGGCACCGUAUUCCUUUGACCAAGCCGUUCCAAUCAAGACGGCCUUACCCACGCCGUGCGGUUCAAGGUCGAUGGUUCCGUCUCACGACGAGGAGCCUCGCCCCCGCCCACUGUCGGUUCACAACUCGGAAAGUGAGAACCUGAGGGAGGCUCUUAAUGAGCCCGACCCCUUCUCCCUCCCACCAGCGCUCGCCCCAUCCACGCCUUCUGCACCGGAAGAAAGGUUCUCUAUCAACUACGCCCCGCGUUCCCCGGCUACCAAUGCCAACGCCGAAGCGUUUCACCCCGGACGGGCUCCAGGCGAGGCCGUGUUCAGGGACGAGCCAACAUUUGACUCCGUGCCCCAGCCGCGGCGCCCCUCCUACACACAUAGAUUCGUUGCUAGCUCUGCGCCGCCUGACGUGCCGCUACCCUCUCCCUUUGCCAUAAACUUGAGCAGUAGUGCUCCUGUUUAUCCUACCCAGUGGACCCCUAACAGGGCGCGGGACCAGGACAAUGGCAUGAACCGACAGCGUCCCGGCGGAAUAGUCUACCGCAGCGUCCGGCCGCCUCCUGGCUUUGACACUGUUGACUCUACCGAGUCCCAUGCCGAGCCCUCGUGGGCUCCAACUCCUCUUCAGGGCGUUGGCAGACCUAGAGCCUUCGAGCCCCUCGCCAAUGGUAACGCCAACACUGGCACGGGUGGCACCAAUACCCUCAGUGAUAACUUCGACGCGGGUGUCAGCAUAACCGACCAAAACACCAACAACGGCUACACCACCAUCACCUCGCCCAUUCCCACCUAUCCCAGUACCACCAUAGCUGCCCCGCCCCCUAUCUACCACUCCCGCACCACCACGGACGCCCCUCCCACUUAUCCCACCGUCUCCUCAGACCGCCCGCCGGCCUAUACUCCAUUUUACUACGGCGAUGAGGGCGACAUCGAGGACAUCCAUGACAGCCGCCUCCGGACGAAGCUCAACCGCCUUCUCUUCCGGUCCGCGGUCAUGACCAUGGCCACGCUAUACCCCAGCUUCCCGGCCCCGAUCUACGAUCUGGAGGACGAGGAUUCCGAAGCAGACGCGGAUGAUGAUUUUGACUUUGACGACUUCCAACCCAUCCCCAGCGCGGUGACCACGCCGCCUGUCCAGGGACAGGUCGAGCAUGGCCACAUCCCCAUCGUCGCCACCCUGCCGCUUCACUCGCUGCCGCCGCCGCAGCAACAGGGCAUCACGGCGAACAAUGCCAUCUCCUCCAGCUCCGGCUGGGCGAUCCCCCUCUUCUUUGAGGAGGACACAGACGACGAGGAAGACAGCGAUGAAUAUGAAGACGACGAGGACUCGAACUGGUCCACGUCGUCAUCCGUGAGCUCCCUCAUCACAGCGCAGAUCUUUUCUCCCCGCGCGGACUCGCCGCCGCCGGUGUCUGCGUUUGACUUUUCGGAUGAUGAUUAUGACGACGUUGACGACGAUGACGAUGACAAUGACGAUGACGAUGACAAUGACGAUGACGAUGACGAUGAUGAUGAUGAUGAUGAUGAUGACGUGGGCCCAUCGACCGAUUCCAAGGCUGACCAGCUCGAUUUUGAGCUGGAGCUGACCAACUUCUUCCCGGCGGAGUGGGACUGGGAACCGCUGCUCCGGCAGUUAGCUGAUUUCUAA